AGCUGAAGAUGAAGUACAAUGACCUGCACUCUAAGUCGAGAGGUCUUCUCCCAGGCAGUCGCUGGUAUGAGAUUCAGGCCUACAGAGCCCUGAACCAGGCCCUGGGGAGGUGCAUUCGCCACAGGAAUGACUGGGGAGCUCUAAUUCUGGUGGACGAUCGGUACAGGAAUAAUAAGUACAUCACAGGUCUGUCUAAAUGGGUCCGCCAGCUCGUCCAGCAUCACAGCACCUUCAGCGAUGCAAUGCAGUCUUUGGUUGCAUUCUCUCAGGUGCAGAAGAAGAUGGAUGGGGCUCCUGCUGACAGGCAGGCCAUCAGCUCCACCGUCUCGUCUCCCAGCAGCCACCUCGCAGCCGCUGCAGAGGGACAUAGUCUGCCUGAGGCUUCAGAACCUCAGAUACCUAUCUCGAGUGUCAGACUACUUGAACCCCAGCAGGACUCAAGCCCCUCAGCCGACCUCAUUUUUUCCCAUACGCAGUUGAAAGCUGCACAGAAAGAAAAAGCAGGUGAGAUUGAUGGAUCUGUUGAGAGACGAAUGUUCGGGAAGAUCAAUAUCUCUUUAAAGUCUUAUUGAAGGACCUAAAAAAUACAGCAGGUAUAGAU